CUGCUAUUAGCGCUUUGAAACACAAUCAGAGCGAACGUCCAGCAGCAGGACUCAUCUUUCUCUCCAACACUUGAAUAAAACAACAUCAGACCUCAGACAUGUCCUCUCAGCUUUUCCUGCUAACAGUCGUCUCUGCGAUGGCUUCCAGUCAGAUCGCUGCUGACAAGCUGCAGGACAGACCCAACCUGACCUGCCUCAGCUCCUCUGAUCCAGCUGCUGUCAACGCCACGCUGCUAUAUGAUGACCACAAUGAUGAAGGAGCUCUGUGGAGCAGAACCUCUGCUCCUCUUCCUCAGUGCUCCUCCUCCUCCUUCUCCCCACCUCCCUCCCACUGUGAGGUGUGUCUCCUCCAGGAGGAGGUCUACAUCCUCUGUGAUAACCUGCCAGCUGGAGCGGUUCUGCAUCUGGAGCGUCCUGGAUCAGCCAUCAGCACCAAGGAGAGCGGUUGUCCCAUCCUGCCCCCUGCUGGCGACUCUCAUUCAGGCUUGGUGUUUCUGAUGUUUCCUGCAGCAGAGCUCUCAUCUCUGAACUGCAGCGUCAUCAGACUUCCUAGCUGCACCUUCAGGUACCGGCCGGCCCAGUGGACCCGCUCCGCUGGCUGCAACGCGUUCUGGGAGGACCAUGACAGGGUUGUGAUCGCCCAGGAUUCUGAAUUCAACCAAACUCUCGUAGAGACUCUGACAGACGAGCACAUCGAGCUGAAGAUCUGCCAACAUCACCUGAGAUACACGCUGGACUGUCUGAAGGCUGUGCAGACGGUCGACUGCAGAGUGAACUGCAGCUUCUUGGAGCUCCAUGACUGUCCUCCAGCAGCCAAGUUCUGCUUCUCUGAAUCGGCGUGCUUCGACAGUUUUACUGCAGGUCUCUUCUUCGGUGGUGCAGCUGGUGCCGUCCUCCUGGUUCUGAUCAUCUGGUGGGCCGUCACCAAAUACAAACGCAGGAAAUCUGCAGCUGUGAACGUCUUGUAUGCUGCACCAACUGAUCAGGUUCAGAAACUAGAAGAUGGAGCCCUUGGGAAACAGAUCCACAUCCAUGCAGAACCUGCAGAACUAACUUAGACAAACCAUCCCGUCUGUUUAGAACAAAGUCUUCUGGGAAGCUACAGAGCUUUGAAAUUCAACCUCCAUCAGAUAUUCAUGACCUCAACUUACGUUCCUUGAACCCUUCCCUGUUAUGCCAGGAUGUU